CAACAAAGUGGCGUCGUCCUGUUUCCACACUUGCAUGGGACUGGUGCGCACUGCUGUUGGCGCCGCAGGGGACAGACAGCCGCCGGCGGAGACUGUAGCCUCGGUGAACCAUUGCCCGACCUAUCGACAGAUUGCUGGUGCCACAACUGGAGCCGGUUCGGCGCCGGCCAAGCGAGUUCCCAUUCUGUUCUCCACCAAUCGUGGACUCUAUCUGCGUGUCGCCCAACCUGUUGGGGAUCAGGAGGUGCUGACACUGCAGCCACGGGGGCAGAACUACAACAUCAGUUUCUGUGACCUAGAACGCUGGAGCACCAAUCGCGCUAAUGUUGUUAGCCUCGAGGACACCUUCACCAUCACCCAUCAGCGAAAUAUGACACCGGAGGUGCACUUGUAUCAGCCGAGGCUAUGGAACAAUCACGUCAGCUACAGCCUGAUGCACUGAUCCCCACGGAUUCAUCUCUCUGAAUAUAACUAUAUACAUAUUUAUUUAACAAAUGAAGUCUAAUCUACAUUACUGGA